AGCACCACUGCGCGCACAGGUAUGCGACCGACCGCAGUUUCCUCAUUCUGGCUUUGCGAGCACCUACUCAGCGUUCCAUUCUUUUGGAAAUUUGUUUUUGUUUGUUGAACAACAAGGGAAUGUGGAAAUCUCCUGCUGAUAGAUUGUGAAUGAGGCAGUGUAACAAAUGCAUAUUGCACAUAGCUAGCAGGUAUCUUUUGCUUUGGAGCAGGUUUCAGUUAAGAGUGGAGCUGCUAAAUGUGUGAGAAACCAUACUGAUGACACUUACAGUUUAGCAGACUAUAUACAAAAGGGAAGCUCACAAUUACACCACUGUUGGACAAACACACAGACCCGCCAACGCCCUAAGAAACAGAAGAGACCUCAGAACCACCCUAGGGAACAAUGGCAGCUAUUGUUACAGGUCUGAUCCCGAUCCUCCGUACCGCAGUGGACUCCACCGCCACCUAUAAAGCUCGCACCGUGUGGUUCGGCCUGCUCUGCAUCCGCCUGGUCAUGAUCUUCCUGGCUCAGUUUCCCUGGAAAGCCCUGAACGAAGACUUUCAGUGUAACGGCACGGAAACCAUCUGCACUAAAUUCUGUUUUAAUAAACAUUUUGACCAGUCUAUAAUGAUGACAUGGCAUUUUCUCUUCAUCCUUCUUGUACUCUCGGUUCUUCUCAUGGAGAUGUUCUCUUCCCAUGUUCGAUCUUCAAUCUUAAGGAAGAGGCAGAAAGAAAUGUCUUCUCAAGCCGAGGAGGGGGAUUCAGUGGAUCCCACCGUGACUGUGGGUGGUAAGAUGAUGAUAGAUCUUCAUAAGAGCAAAAAGAGCGUGUUGGUGUAUAUGUUUAGCGUGAUACUGCGGAUCGUUGUGGAGGGUUUAUUCAUGUACAUCUUGCUCUACUGGGUUCUGCCUAAAGUGAGUGAGAACAUAUACCUAUGUGAUGCACAAGAGUUAGAUAAAUGUUCACCUGUACACCAGUGUGUUGUCCGUGGAGUAGCUGAAAAGAGAAUGUCUGUCCAUUCACUGCUGUUUAUAUCUGCCCUGGUCAUUAUUUACAGUGGUAUGUUCUGUCUCUACUCCAUAUGUCACUAUCUCUGUUAAAAUGAACAAAAGUGCAGUGCAUCUGACACUGAAAACCCUGAUGUGUUGUUGUUUUUUGAACGCAUGAAUUACAAAUCUUAGUUCAUUUAAUUUAUUUACUUACAAAAUCCAUAUACCUUUUUUGCUAUAAAAUGUUGAUAUUUGCAUGCUAUUCAGGUCAUUUGUGUUUGCUGUGGUAAACAUUUGGUUCAAUGCAGUCUAUUUAUCUCCACAAUAAUGACAAGGCAUGUCAAAAAUGCAGUUUAGUGUGUUUCUGUGGACAACCAAGUUCAUUCAGUGACUGACACUGAGGCGGUCCUAAAUUUCUUUCAGUACUAUUAAGUACAUUGUAUGAAUACCAAGUUAAGAGAACUUAAAUAUAUAGUUUUUGGGAGACCCAUUAAUCAGUCAAAAGGGGGAAACAACUUUACUAAAAUAAUUGAAUAGUCAACUUUUUAAGAAUUUAACUCAAGUAAAGAUUUCCAGUCACUAGUACAUAAUGAUACUUGAUCAACAAGUUUACAUUACAAAGGUUGUCAAGUUUUGCCAACUGAAAAUUAAUUUUUAAUACACUUUUUCAAACACUUAUCUGUUUUAAUAUGUCAACUUAUUACAUUUUACUGUGACGUGUAUUGCAAAUAAUGUGAUUGUUUUUUGUAAUGUAAUCAUAUUUGUAAUUUGCUAUUUAUCUUUGCUAUAAACAAGAACAAAAAUUGGUUAAAAUGCUAAUAAGAGCUGUAUGUCAUCUUCCUUUUUAGAAUCUUUGACAUGGUGUUUCUGCAUCAGCCAUUUUUUGUGUGGGUUGGGUGAGAAGUCGUUUUGUGUGCGUCCAUGUCACUUCAUGUGAGUGCUGACCUAGCUGUUUCAUUUCAGAGUCUAACAGUUGUUCUUAGACUUAGACUUAUACCCAGGACAUUUAUUCAGUUUUCAUAAACAUGCCCAAAAGCAUACUUCUGUGCAUUUUGAGACAAAACAAUGGCACUGAUGAAUUU